UAGUCUACUUCUAUAAAUACACAGCAUCCUUGUGUCUCUUCAACAUCUCAAUUAUCUUAUCGAUAUCUCUUCUGCCUUCUCUCUUACAGCAAACUUAUAAAAAAGAUGGUUAAGCUUAAGUUUGCCAUCCUGUCUAUCCUGCUAGCCCUCCUCCUCUGCUCCAACCCGCUAACCUACGCCGCCCGCCACGAGCCAGCCUUUUCCAAUGGCUCCUUGGCGAAGGAUCAACCGCAGGGUGUUGAUGAAGCAGAGAUAGUAGAAGAACAGAGCUGUGAAGGAGCUGGGGAAGAAGAGUGCUUGAUGAGAAGGACACUUGCUGCUCAUAUAGAUUACAUCUACACCCAGAAGCAUAAACCAUGAGAUCGUUAAUUGUUUUAUUAUGUAAUUAAUUAGCACAUAAAUGGAUCAUUAUGCGAUAAUUAGUGCAAUAUAUAUAUUUGCUUUACAUA